AUGGUACAGAAGCAGAUUGGUGGAAUGCCGCCUGGGCAAUGCAAACCGUGUUGGGCAGUGAGCUAUUGGAUAUCCAGAUUGGUUCUGGCUUUGAUCUUGUUCCUAGUUGCAGUGGAUAUCAACCCGGAAGUGGAUGAUACCCCACGCAGGAGGCGACGUUUGAUAGCAGCUACAAGAGUCCUGAGUCCCGCCAUCGAUGGUUCAAACUGGUGGAUGUCCUGCGGGCAGCACAUGCACGCUUGCCCCGGGCCAUGGUUGCCCAGAAUGAAGGAGUACUGCUGCUGUGACUCCGGCUACACUUGGACAGGCGAUGCUUGUGAACUGGAAACGACGACGACUUUGCCGGCACCGGAUGCUGCAGACAGCUCUGGCAAAAGCACACUCCUGUUCUGCGAGACGUUCGAUGCAGAGGAGAACGACGGAUCCCUGGCCUAUGAGGGAAUGCUGCAGAUGAACGAGACUUCGGUGCAAGAAUGGGUUGCUGAAGUGUUGGCUGAAGCCGGCUACGAGCAAAGCAUCCCAGAAGUCACGAGACUCCUGCACAAGCACCACGUAGAUGGCGAAGCUUUACCAACUCUUACAUCGUGGAGUCUCAUGACAUACGGAAUGGAUCAAGGACCGUCGGAAGCGAUUUCUGGGAGAGUGCAGUCACUGAAGAUAUCCCCACGGAGGCUGUCUAGUGGGACGAGCGGAUGCUCAGACGAUGAUGGAGACACGGAUAUUCACACAGGAAGCAGUGGCUGCACAGAGGAUGGGCAAGAGCAGCAUCGAGGUCUGCACACAGGCAGCCAGGGCUGCAGCAAGUCCACUACAGGCACCCGUGGAUGCCACCAACGUCAUGCAAGCGGUGCACAAGGGUGUCAUCACGCGCACUACGCGGCGAAAGGCUGUGACUCAGGAGCACGAGGCUGUCACCAUGCACACCAUGCGGCGAAAGGCUGUGACUCCGGGGUUCAAGGCUGCCACUCCGGGGUCUGCGGCUGCCAGGACCGCUCUGGCCUCGGUGACAUCUUUGGCCUUCUGAUUCUUCUGCCCUUCAUCAUGACCGUUGUGAUGGGCAUCAUUGUCUAUUCUGUGGCGGGCCUGCCGAUCCUGAUGCUCUACCCUGUGUCAUUUCCGGUGCUUUUGGCGAUAGUUUCUUUUAUUACCGGCAGUUUUCUUGCUCUGCUUUGCGCCGGCUGCAGUGCUGUCGUAUGGACAGGCAGUAUAGUCUGGCUCCGCUCAGGGCGUACAGAAGCUUACGGAACCCUGCUUGAGGUUGCAUCAGGCGAGGACUGA